UCCGGGCACUUCUGAUAAAUUGGAGGCGAAAAGGAAAAUAUCGUAUGCUAUUUAAAAAAAAUGUUCCCUAAACUAGUUAAUAGCGAAGCCAAAGGAUUACAUCUAUAAAUUGAUUCAUUGCUGCAAUUAAUCUUUCAGCUAUCGUUAAUUUUGAAAAAGAAACGGAAACUGGUUCAACGACAGGCGUGAUUUCUGACGGUAAGGAAUGUUUUGAAGUGCGAGUCCGAGGUUCUCGAUGGCGUCUGGCGGGUAUGGUAGAGGUGGGCGAGGGGCAGCUUUGCUGCAGGCACUCAGCCAGCCUCCCAGGAAACCUGGGGAUAAUGGACAAGAUACUACUGAAGAGAAGAGCCAGCCUACAAGUGCACCAGCUCCAGCACCAAUGGGUAGAGGUGCCCUUCUUGCAAGUGUUCUAAGCCAGACUCAGUCCCAGCAACCCACUCCAGGUGGAGAUGCACCAGCUGUACCAAGACCAAUGGGACGAGGGCUGGCAUCAAUGCAGGCUUUGCUGAAAGCAUCUGGACAGUCAUUGCCUCAGACAACUGCUAGAGGUGCAGCAUUUAUCACACAGCAAGCAGAGACUCGGGUUGCACCACAUCCUCCGAGUCCCCCAAAGAAGCCGGUCACACCACCCACACAGCAUUCUCCUGUAAGACCUCAGGGAUCACCUCAAGUGGGGAUGGGGCCUCAGGCAGCAAGCGGAGAUGCUUCUGCUCCACCCAGCAGAGGACUGGCUAGAAUGUCGUUAGAUAGAAAGCCAGUGGUACAUAAUUCUGGCGAAAUCGGAGAGCCGCUGAGACUGUCUGCAAACUAUAUAAGAAUACAGUGCAGGAACAAAGGUGUUUACCAGUACCAUGUAGAUUUCCGUCCAAAUAUCGACAGUAAAGGAAUGCGUAUCAGGUUUAUAAAUGAACACAGAGACGUGAUUGGCUUCACUAAAGCAUUUGACGGUUCCAUUCUGUAUUUACCCAUCAAGUUGGAGCAACAGGAAACAGUGCUACACAGUGAACGACCAACAGAUCAGGCAAAAAUUACUAUUGUGAUAAAACUAGUGAAAGUCCUGCCACCAGAAUCCUGCCAACAACUUUACAACAUUGUAUUCAGAAGAAUAAUGACAAUCCUGGAGAUGGUGCAGGUUGGCAGAUACUAUUACAAUCCUCAUACACCAUCAAGUGUACCACAGCACAAGUUGGAGGUGUGGCCAGGAUAUAUCACUGCAGUUGCAGAGCAAGAGGGAGGACUGAUGUUGUUGGCUGAUGCCUCACAUAGAGUGCUGCGUACUGAAACUGUUCUUGAUGUCAUGACAAAUAUUGUAAAUAAGAAUGCUCAGGGUUUCCGUGAUGAAGUGAUUCGAACUCUGGUUGGUACAGUUGUAUUAACACGAUACAACAACAAGACAUACAGAGUUGAUGAUAUUGUGUGGGACAAAACACCCAGACAAACAUUCUCCACACAUUCCGGAGGAGAGAUGUCAUUCCUUGACUAUUAUAAGAAGAACUAUAACCUCACAAUUCACGACCAUGAGCAGCCAUUGCUGUUGCACAGGCCAAAGAAGAGAUUGGAACAGGGUGGGCAACCUAGGAAGCAGCCUGAAGUAAUUUGUUUGAUUCCCGAGUUGUGUUACAUGUCUGGCCUCACAGAUGCCUUAAGGCAAGACUUCAGAGUCAUGAAGGAUCUUGCAUGUCACACAAGGGUGACCCCAGAGCAACGAAGACUGACCAUGAAGAAGUUUAUUGAUUCAGUCAAUAAGAGUCCAGAAGCAAAAGGAGAGCUAGAUAAGUGGGGCCUUCAGCUUGACAGCAACACACUUCAGUUUGAUGGUCGUUUGCUGCCACAAGAGGAGAUAGUGUUUGGUACAGGGAAGGUACCAGCUGGACCAAAUGCUGACUGGGGUCAGGCUACAGGUCGGCAACAAGUAAUUACUGCUGUACCACUGAAAACCUGGGUGGUCUUGUACACACGCAGAGACCAGAGCAAGGCUAAUGACUACAUCAGCUGGAUGUUGAAACUUUGUCCACAGAUGGGUAUAGACUGUAACCCACCAACAAGGUUUGAACUCAGGGAUGACCGUGUGGAGACCUACAUCAGAGCACUCAGGGAACACAUCAACCCUAAGAUUCAAAUGGUUGUUGCAAUAUGUCCCACCAGUAGAGAUGAUAGGUACUCUGCCAUCAAGAAGACAUGCUGCGUUGACCACCCAAUUCCAAGUCAGGUGAUUAUUGGUAAGACAAUUGGUGAUCAGAAGAAGAUCAGAUCUGUUGUACAGAAGAUUGCACUACAGAUCAACUGCAAGCUUGGAGGUGAAUUGUGGGGAGUCUCCAUCCCAUUUAAAAGUAUAAUGGUAAUAGGGGUUGACAUAUACCAUGAUUCUGCAGGCAAGAAGCAGAGUAUCUGUGGCUUUGUUGCCAGCAUGAACAGGAAUUGUACACGUUGGUUCAGUCGUUGUCGUGUACAGCCAGUUAGUCAGGAAAUUGUAGAUGGCCUUAAAGUAUGCCUUGUGUCAGCUUUGACCAAAUUCCAUGAGGUGAACCACAGUCUGCCAGACAAGAUCCUAGUUUUCCGUGAUGGUGUUGGUGAUGGACAGUUGAACAUGGUAGCAGAUUACGAAGUUGAUCAACUCAGGACCUGUUUCUCAAGCUUUGGAGAAUAUUCUCCUAAACUCUCCUUUGUGGUUGUGCAGAAACGUAUCAACACCAGGAUUUUCCUGAACAAAGGAAGACAGAUGGAGAAUCCACCAUCAGGAACAGUUGCAGAUCAUACUAUCACAAGGAGGGAAUGGUAUGAUUUCUUCCUGGUAUCCCAGCAUGUACGUCAGGGUACAGUAUCCCCCACCCACUACAUUGUAGUCAGUGAUGACUCGGGCAUGAAGCCAGAUCAUAUGCAGCGUAUGGCCUACAAGAUGACACACAUGUACUAUAACUGGCCAGGAACUGUCAGGGUACCAGCACCAUGUCAGUAUGCACACAAGUUAGCUCAGCUUGUAGGUCAAAAUAUCCACAAGGAGCCGAGCCAGGAGCUGUCAGAUAGACUGUUCUUCCUUUAAGAGGCAAAAUGUAUCAUGUGUACAGAACAACUCACAACAAGUGUUCUCAAGUUCCAGAUCUCAGGAUAUACAGAUUGUGUAUUAAUCCCACUGCAUUUAACUAAUGCUCUGAACAGUCUGUUGUUAGUUCUAUAUUAAACACCUUUAAGAUUAUUUUUUCAUAGAAAUUUAGUUAUUAUGUUUAAGCUUAGAUUAUUUCUGUAUAGAUUAUUUAAUGUUACAGGUUUUAAUGUCAACUUAUUCAAGCAUUUGAUUCAAUUUUUCACAUUUUCAUUCUCCAUCCACUAGAGGUUUUUAGGCUACAAGGGCAUUGUUUGGUGAUUUCUGAAGAUAAAUAUAUAUGUAUUUACUGUUAAACUUUAGACCAAAUUUGCAGCUUACAUACAUAAAUAUGGGAAGUUACUUUUCCCAGUGAUAGAAUUUCAUCAAACUUUGGAUAUUGAAGCACAAUCAUCAAAGAAACAAAGAUAUGCAGUAUAAGUUAUAGGUCAUCAGUAUUGAAAAAGAGUUAUCUGCCCUUGAAAACGGCAUUUAUGGGGUGUUGUUUCAAAUGCAUAAUCUGAUCUUGUAAGUGUGCUUAAUUUAGGCUUUGCCACUGACUGUUCAGAGCUUUAGAGUGUACAGUACAUAGUGUACAUAGACAUUAACAUGAAAUCAAACAGCUGUCACGUUUUCAUCCAUUAAAAAAGCAGCUAUUACUUAAAGUGCAAUUUUCCACUUGUGACAUUGUGUGUUGUGUGAUAUUUAGCUCGUACUAUUUGAAGAAAAGGAGAGCAAUCCUACUCGCAACGGUGUUGGUGUCAAUUCAGAACUGUUAGCAAGGGUAUAACUCUGUCAAGGAUUUUGACUGAAUUAUGACCUGUUUUGGACAUGGAAAUUUGUUUCAGUUUUUGUUCAAAUCCAUGUUUUGUCAAAACUGUUUUGAAUUGUGGCAUUGAAACUUGUUCAUUGUCAUGAUCUCCAUCUGUAGUCAAUGGGAUGUAACUACAGCAAAGAUAUUGGGCUGACUUUGGCCCCUUUUGACUUGGAAAUCAUUUAAGUUUUUUGUGCCAGUCCAUAUUUUGUCUUAACUGUUUGAUAUAUGGCUUUGACUUUGAACACUUGCUUUUCAUCAUGGUCUCUAUGUGUAGGCAAGAGUACAUAACGUCUCACAUUGUUAAGUCCAUUCAAAAAAUCACUAGUAAGCCAUACUUGCAUCAAUUCUUCGGGUAGUCGAGCGUGCUGUCAACAGACAGCUCUUAUGGUGUAAGUGGUCCAUUAAUGGUGCUGAGAUUAUCUGUUGUUUGACAGAACAGUAUUCUUUGCAAUGUUAUGUUACUAAUGUACAUUCAGUUUUAAAAUUGUCUUCCAUAAUUUGGAAGUCUUAUUUGUAUUUAGUACAGAAGUUGUCUACAUAGGAAUACUUGUGGAUACUCUUUAUAAUGUUGUAAUGUUUUUCUUUGUAAACAACUGGUUACACAAUUUUAAUUAUAUGAUAUGGCAAAGGAGCUCAAAGGAUAUUUUCUACUACAGUAUAUUUUAUGAGGUAGAUGUGUAAGUGACUCAUCUCUCUGACUGUUCACUAAGUUUACUCAGUGUUUUUGUGUACCAUAUACAGUUCAAAUACUGAUUUUUUCACAUUUUUUUAUUUUUAACAUUGGUGAGAUUGUUCAGGAUUAUGAUGUUACUGUUGUAAGUAAACAAAAACUAAAAAAGCAGAUAGCUGUUUAUUGCUUUAAUAUGUAACAUUUGAAGUCCCAUGUGAAAAAAUUAGUGCCUUAAGGGGAAGAGUGUAUCAUAAACUGCUGUAAACAGAUUUAUGUUUUCUAUAUAUCAGGUACACUUUGUGGUUAUAAAGGUCGCGUUGAAGGGAGAGUAUUAAAGAAUGUUUAAUUCCAAUCAUAAAAAAGUUUACCAGUUAUCAACCUUGUUCCCUGUCUGGUAUAACAGUAUUUUAUUUAACUACAAAAUAUUAAAGUUUGUUGUUUCCCUAAAACAGUAAAAUAUGUUGAUACAGGUCAUUUCAGACCAGGUUGACCUCUGACUUUAGCAGAGCAGCUAAAUAUUCAGCAUGCAAGAUAAAAUUGGAUUUUGCUGCCAAGUUGUGCACAUUCCAUAAGUUUGCUUUUAAAAAAAUGAAUGUGACUAACCUUGGUCAAAAGAAGUAACAAAAAAUAUUGACGAUACAUUUUUGCCAGACAUUGCUUCCAGGAAAAUAUAGUUCUGUUUAUAGUAAGUCAUUGCUUUAUGUAAGCCUUGUUACUUAAUAAUUUCAUGAUGUCCUACAAUCUCCUUUGUGCCAGAUGUAAACUUCUGUCUGAAGUAUCCAGUGGAACCUCCAGGAGUCACAUCUAUACCUUAUCUUCAUGAUCUUAGACCUUACCAGUCUGCUGUCAUACUGAAAUUAAUGUGUUUAUUUGUGCGAGAACUUGUGAAUAGACAGUGUGUAAAUAUUCUUGUGGUGAUAGAUUAACUAUAUAAGUGGAUGUUCUACUGUUCUUUGCUGAAGAUGAAGAAGUUAAACAGAAACAGAUGGCUUACCCGGAAGCUCAUUUAUGUAACACAUAAUACUGAAAAAAAUGUGCAGUAAUAUAGUAUGGUAUUACAUGCUUAGCAGUUUUCGGUCCUAAUACAAAAUCCAGUAUUGAUCUUUCAUCCAUACGGAAAAACGAAUGGUUGACAACCUAUUUUAGUUGUGAUGUCAGAAAAGGUACUGGUAUAUAAUGAAAGAUACUGAAACUAAAUGCAGCGAUGCAUUCGGCUUGCAUGGAUUUUGCUAGGCCGAAUCUGGUCUCAAAUGCCUUGUGUGAUCCAGGCCAAGCUAAAUCCUGUGGAGCCAAUUUCAACAUUUCAGAUCAAGGUUCUAUUAUCUGAUCUUGCCAGAUUAUACAGAAAGAUUCUUUUAAAAAGAAUUGACUUAAAUAAGAUCUUUUUGUCAUAGGUCAAGGUUGUUCUAAUAUAAACUAACUGCUUUGAAUAUUUUUGGCAUGUAGUGUGAUACAGGUUGAUAUGUAACAAACAAACUACAGCUUAAAAUGUAGGACAUGUUCCUUUUUUAUCUAGUCAUUUUGUAGAGGUAUACAUGUGCUUUUUUUCUCUCUAAAGAAAUGUGAAUAUAGUGUAUCGGUAAUGUAUAAAGUUGUGCAUUUUAGUUGUGAUUGCAGAGAAUCUCUGUUUUUGUUGAUAUGAACUUGAGUAUUUGUUUAAGUCUAUUUAUGUUGAUGUUUAUUUUGUUUUAUCUUGUUUAUAUUGUUUCUUUUUAUAAAUGUUCCAGAUGACAUAUUUUUUUAUAAAUGUACCUUUAAUUGCAUCCAUUUUUAUUAAAAGAUACUUUCUGUACUUUACUUUAACACAUCCUUUUUGUAGUUAGCUAGAUUUAUGGGAAACUGCUUGCAGUGUAGCUUUUGAUUGUAAUCCUGGCUUCAAACAGGCAUGAAAAUUGCAACUUAGAUCUUCUCUUGUUUGUUUGUCUGGAAUGGCUCAGUGUGUGAAACUUCUUUACCCUUGUUUUCUUUAUAAAAUGUUAACACCUGCAUUUGGUAAAAAAAAAAAAAUAAACUGACAUGUGAAAAUUGAAACACAGUUUUUGCAGUUCAGUAUUCAGAAGGAAGGUCUCCACGUGUUCAUAUGUCAAAGUAAUGUGUGAUGCAGUGACAAAUAGCACAAAGUCACAUCUUGUUUUAUAGUUUUAUUGAAGGCAACCAGUUUAACUUUGAAUAUUGAUAUUCGGCGAUAUAUGACCAUUUUGUGUCGAUUCGUCGUAAAACCAAUCUCACUUGAAUAUUGAUAAAUAUUGCAGUAAUUUUGUUUCUUGGAAAGUAUAUGUAUAUAGUAGUAGUCUGUGUUGCUUUUGACUUUCAGGCCAGUAAACUAAAGGUUUUCUUAUUAAUAUAAUGAGAGGAGAAAGCAUAGACCUGUACUUCUAAUUCGUAAUGGUCAGAAUCACAAUAGUUUCAUCAGUAUUUAUUGUGCUUGCACUUCUUUGAUGAUGCUUUCUGUUCAUCAACAGAUGAUAGUUACUGAUUCAAGCAUCAGUAGGUCAAAUGCGAAGCUCAGAAUAAUCUCUGCUUUCAGGCUUUCAUCCAAUUCUUGUUUUCUUCCAGUUUUAGGACUAUUUGUAUUUCCUGUAUUUGCUAGUAUUUAAAACUUAUUUUCUAUAAUUUUUUCCAAUAUUGGAGGUAAUGGCAGAAAGAGGAUGGUCAUUCUGGUAAUUUUUCUUUGCUUGCUCAUUGAAGUACACAUCAUAUGCUUCAUUGGAUGGGAUAAGAUAUUAUUCUUGCUGCUGUAUUUGAAAGUAACAUAAAGAUGCCUUUUUAUCCAAUUCCACUUUGUCACUAUUGAAACUAGUAUAAUUUGUUUUGUACAUAAAAAUAUAUAUAUUUUUUGCCAAAAUUCUCUUCAUUUUUAUGUCUUUCGAAGAAGAGGGGGUAUAUUGUUUUGCAGAUGUUGGUUGGUCAGUCUGUAGACAAUCAAUUUCCGGAUGAUAACUCAAGAAUACUUAGGCCUAGGAGCAUGAAAGUUGAUAGGGAGGUUGAUCAUAACCAGCAGAUGACCUCUAUUGAUUUUAAGAUCAGUAGGUCAUAGGUCAAGGUCACAAUGAUCCUGAACAGUUAAACGGUUUCCGGAUGAUAACUCAAGAAUGCUUGAGCCUAGGAUCAUAAAAGUUGGUUAGGGAGGUUGGUCAUUACCAGCAGAUGACCCCUAUUGGUUCUGAGGUCAGUAGGUCAAAGGUCAAGAUCACAGUGUCCCGGAACAGUUAAACAGUUUCCGGAUGAUUACUCAAGAGCAUUUGGGCCUAGGAUCAUGAAAGUUUAUAGGGAGGUUGUUCAUGAGCAGCAGAUGACCUCUAAUGGUUUUGAGUCAAAGGUCAAGGGCACGGUGAUACGGAACAGUUAAAUGAUGUCCGUAUGGUAACUCGAAAAUGCUUGGGCCUAGGAUCAUGGAAGUUGAUUGGGAGAUUAAUCAUGACCAGCAGAUGACAACUAUUGAUUUUGAGUUCUGUAGGUCAGAGGUCAUAGGUCACAGUUACCUGGAACAGUUAAACAGUUUCCUGACGAUAACUUGAGAACGCUUUGGCCUAGGAUCAUGAAAGUUGAUAGGAAGGUUGAUCAUGACCGGCAGAUGACCCCUAUUGAUUUUUAGGUCAGAGGUCAAUGUCACAGUGACAGAACAGUAGAAUUUUUGUGUACAGUGACCAAAUAAUUUCUGUUUCUUGUGCAAUUACUGAAUGCAUCAAGGUGGGAGGGGGGGGGGCGCAUUUCAUGUUCUAGCUCUAGCUCUUGUUUAUAAAAAAUACUUUUUUUAGUGUAGAUGCAGCAGACAUCAUACAGAGUAAAAACAAUAACUGAGAAUGUGAAGUGGAUAAAGGUGUAGUUCCAUUUUAUCAGUAGACAUUAUAAUGUACAUACUAGCUGUUUUUAUGUUUUAAUAAAUCCAUAUGGUAGAUCUGUAAAAUAUGUUUUAAUUAGUGUGUUUCAGCAAGACCUGUAAAUGUAACUUGGUUUUACAGAUUUUAUUGGUCAUCAUGUGAAAUUGCAAUGGUUACCUGUAUAUCAUUGCAUUCCUUAAGACAAGCAGUAUUUUAAACUAAUAGUUUCCCCUUCUAUUGUCUGUACACCAAUUAGUUUUAUAUUCAUACGCAGCAUAUCAAACAUUGUAUAUUAUGCCAUUUGUAUUUUAUUACUGUAAAUAACAUGUUAUAUUUGUUACGAAAAGAUAUUUGAAAGCUUGCAAGAAGCAUGCAAUAGAAAAGAAUAAAAAGAUUUUCAUACAA